AGUAACAUUGGGGAAAUUGAUUUCAUCUGGCGUGGAAGGUUAGCCGAUACCUCAUGUCUUAAUCGUCGCUCUUGGAAUAAAACCUGAUAUUUUGUGGAGGUUUAGCGAGAAAUCGUUGCUUAGUUCACCAGCAUUUUGCUUUAUUUGCAAGUGAGUUUAUGACGGUGAACGAUAUUGACUUAUUAUAGACAGGAAUACCAAACCCCUCGGUUUAUUGGAUACAGGAAAUAGAUGCAGGUGGAUGUUGACCAGGGAAAUCGUGCAAUGGUGUCAUAGGUUCUCACAUCAGAUGUAACGUUGAAUUUUGGGAGAUUGAUGCAAAGUGCGCUGUAAAUGCUUGAAAAGUGCUGCGGCGGGUACACUCAACUUCUUCGAAAUCUUUUCUGCUGUACGCUGAGCGGUUCUGAUCCCUCCGAGCUGCAUUGAAUAACGUCCUGCAGCCUGCCGAAAAGACAGUGCGAUUUCAAACUCGUUUAGGCCAGGAUCAACGGUCCAGCUGAUCAUUGCAAACAUGUCCGACAAAAAUAGUGACGAUGAAAAAAUGAACGGUAAAAUUGGUGACGACAUUUGUCGUGAUUUUCUGCGGAACGUGUGCAAGCGCGGUAAAAGAUGCAAAUAUCGCCACCCGGAUAAUUUUGAGGCAAGAGUUCUUGGAAAGCAACAGGAAUACACGUUCUGCCAUGAUUUUCAAAAUACUGGCUGCAGACGUCAAAAUUGUAAAUUUAUUCACUGCACCCGCGAGGAGGAGGAAUAUUACAAACAAACAGGGCAGCUACCAGUUAGAUUGCAACAAGCGGCAGCGCUGGGACUAGGCGUGCAGCCAAGCGAGUUACCCGUAUUAAAGGGCGAAGUCCCAAUCUGUAAGGACUACUUAAAAGGCGAGUGCCGUCGCGCAGGGAAGUGUAAAUAUCGCCACGUUUCGGCGAGCGAUUACGAAAUUGAACUGCGUAGGUUAGAGCGCCAAAGUCGCAGUCUAAUAACGUCGCGUUUUGAUACUUUUGAUGAUAUACUUGACAGGUACGAACUUGAGUCACCAUUAAAGAGACGUCGCCUGGAGGACUAUGAGUUUAACAAUGUUUUGGAUCGAUACGGGACUCACGCGACAACACCGACUGCAACGAUGACACGGCCAAUCAGUGUUGCCACAGAUUAUAGACUCAUCGAGGACGAAAAUACAAUUUUACGCCGAAAAGUCGAGGAAUUAAAGAAACAAUGUAACGAUUUGGCGGCAACGAAUGAAGUUCUUUUGGAACAGAAUGCAAGAUAUCGGAUGCCGAAAACGAACACUGUGUCGUUGCAGUCUGUCACGACGCCAUCUAUAGUUAAUGUCAGUCAAAUAGCAACGCCAGUAGUGACACCAUCAUCGAUCAGCGCCACGUCCAUUACUCCGGCAUUAGCCUCACUCACAAGUCUCACUCAAAGCAUCAAUACUAGCCUGCCACAACCCAUAGCCCUGAACGGCGAAUUAGCAUCCCAACACCAACAAGCGCUACAUCAACAGAUGGAGCAGAUUGCACAAGCUGCUGAGUUGGCGUCUCAGGCUAAUCUUCCCACGGCGCAAACACUAGCAAACGUCCCCGAUACCAUCAAUGCAGCCAUAGUAACGCCUGUCUCCAUCACGCAGGGGUUGUCAAAUUUACCUAAUGUUUCUCUCGCCCAGGUCACCGUGACACAAAAUAUGGCGCCGGCAGUCUCCAUGUCUCAAACGAUGUCUCAAACACUGCCGCAGAUUAAUAUUAGCGGUCCAAACACACCGAUGGUGUCGUAUCCAAUUGUAUCGCAAGGAUUAUCAGCCAUGUCGGCGGUCCGGUCGGUUUCUGCAACUUGUAUACAAUGAACUCGAAAGAGUGUAAAUUUAUAAUUAGUGUUAUUCUGGAUGUGUUAACGUAGCGUGUUGAGGCCAUAAGCAAGGAUAAACCUAUAUAGGUCAAGUGUUGAAACAUUUCGUGGCUAGCUUAGGCCAUAAAAUCAAGGACAACCCAUAUAGGUCAAGUGUUGAAACAUUUUGUGGCUAGUUUUGGCCAUAAAAUCAAGGACAAACCUAUAUAGGUCAAGUGUUGAAAUAUUUUGUGGCUAGUUUAGGCCAUAAAAUCAAGGACAAACCCAUAUAGGUCAAGUGUCGAAACAUUUCGUGGCUAGUUUAGGCCAUAAAAUCAAGGACAAACCCAUAUAGGUCAAGUGUUGAAACAUUUUGUGGCUAGUUUAGGCCAUAAAUCAAGCACCAACCCGAUUGGUCAAGUGUUAAAACAUUUUGUGGCUAAUUCAGGCCAUAAAUCAAGCACCAACCCAAUUGGUCAAGUGUUAAAACAUUUUGUGGCUAGUUUAGGCCAUAAAAUCAAGGACAAACCCAUAUUGGUCAAGCACUAAAAAACCGGUUAAAGCAAGAAACUACCUUGAUCCAACAGGAAUAUUCUGUCUUCAAUGCCUCAAGACUGAUACCAUGAUGCAAUAGUGCUCGCCAUAUCUAAACCCAUAGUGAGACAUCUAUUUUAAAAGGCAGCCAGUUACCUUAGCUAUUAUGGUGUCUACCGGGUACUCGAUAUAUGAAAGUUCCCUAAGGUUUCUAAAAAAUGGAUCAUUGUAUUCUGUUGAAUUUACAUGCAAUAAGUAUGCUAAGUAUUGAGUUCUUAAUCAAUUUUGCUAGCACCUCUUCGUAUUUGAAAUAUUGUAUGUUAGAUUACUGACUGAUUUUGCUUGAAGUACACUCAAGAUUACUGGUUGUGUGGGAUGAAAUAUACGGAAUGGACAGGAUUAACAGAGGUGUCGGUCACCAGAGGGCCUCCGGAUUUGAUUAUGCUGCAGUUUCAUGUAUGUCACCUCUGUGCAGGCCAUGCAAAGUUCAGGGAUUUCAAUACGAAUUUGUGAAGAAUAUGGUUUACAGUUGUUGUGUUACAGUCAACAUUGUAUUAAUGAGAAAAUUGCUUAUGAGAGUAAGGACCUAAAAAUUGUUAAAAAACCAAACGUGAGACACAGAUUGAUUGCACUUCAUGCUGAGAUAUUCCACCUUUGAUCAUAAUUACUUCGAAUCCCAUUAGCAUUAUUUUCAUUUCACGAUCUAACGACUAAUAUUAGUCGGCAAAUCACGUUUCGCGCUUCAACAACUGCUCCUAAUAAUGCCCAGUAUAGAGUUUUCUUAUUUUUAUCCAUUUUAUUCAAUGCCCCCUCGUAUAACUGCAUGGUUAUUUUCCUGAGCCACUGGUGAAAACAAACGGCGUACCUCUUUAAUGAAUCAUCGAAGGAAAUAGCCAUUCAUUAGGUAAUGUUAUGGUUCAUUAACGCAUGACAUUAAUUAUAAUGUGCAUUAAUUGAAGAGAGUUAAUGAACUAAUUAGUUGAACGGAACUAAUCGUAAUGGUUUUAAGUGGAGGUGUCCUGGGUCGCAAGAGAAAUGUAAAACUGAAAAAUUGUUUUCAUCUGUAGCAUGACAAAUUUGCCGCAAUCAAUUUCUUAACCGAAAUCAUGGCAGCAUUCGUCUUUUCAGUUUUCAUUUCAUAUUUUAGAAUGCACCAAUGUGUUUGGUGAUAAAUGCUGCCUUCCCCAAGUCGCAGUUCUGUUUUAUUUUGUGAAUUACAAAAAUAAUUAUGUUUAAAAAAGUUCAUUGAUAUCCCAAGACUGUCAUUUGCUGUUAACCUCUAGAUGUAUAAAAAGAUAUGUUUUGCUUUUUAUGAUAUUCCUAAAUGUUUUUGCACUUACAAACAAAAUUGGCAGUUAAUUGAAAGGCCAUGUUGUAUAUUACAGUCGAAUUUCACUACCUGGUGUCGUUUGUGCUUCUAAAAUGCCUUUAAGCAUUGUUCAGCCAACACAAAUAUGUACCACCUAGACAAAAUUCCUCGAGGUUUUUUGGAAAAUCAAAAACCCUUUGAUGUUUUCCACCAGGUCAAAAACCUUUUGGGUUUUUCAUUUUCCUUGUGGAGUAAAAACAUCUAGGGGUUCAUAUUUGUGGAUUUUUGGCUGAAAAACCAUAAAAAAACUUCCUGCACGCCUCACUUCGUCACAUCUGAAUGCUCCCGGACCCCAUCUCCAGAGACACUCAGUCACGGGUUCAAUGUGGUAAAAAAAUCAACAUUAACAAUUUCGUUUUUAUUCAGUGAGUACAUAUAGUUUAUUGAUAUUGGGACAAAUCGGCCGCUGUGAUUUCAAACUUGACUCUACAUCUAAAAAGCUUUAUAUCUCCUAAGAAUUUUAAAGGGACUAUAUUAAAUGAAAAUCAGAAUUGCAGAAUUACGGGGAAUACUCUUCGUACACUUCUGAGAUGUCCAAGGAUAAUAUGUGUUAUUGGAACUGUUAGAAUAAUAAGGUGCAAAGUGCUGAGAGUGCCAACUGUUGACUACAGUAUUCCCCUAUAAUUCUGUGAAACUUCUCUGAUUAUUGUGGUUCUUCUUUCUUUCCACUGCUGGUUUACUAAGGAUUUUGCCAAAAUCGCUUUUUAGGCCUUGUAGGCCUACAUGAAUUUCGUUAUUUUGUGUUAUUGGAUCUUAAUUCAAAGUAAUGUUUGCAUGGGUUCUAAUGGAAUUCUAGAUAACAAGAGUGGUCAGAUUUUGUGAUCACCCUUGUAAAAUGUGGGCAAAUAUAGGUGAUUUUACUGUACUACAGCAUGCAAAUAAUGACUUCAAGAUAAGCGAUUACACUGUACUCCGAGGUGCAGAUAAGACUUCGAAAUGAGGCAUUGUAAAUUAUGAUUACUGCAUUUUACAGCAUUCAAGAGUACAAAAUAAAAUGGACUGAAAUGCAUGUUUUUGAUAUGUUUGAGUACAUGUGUAAGACUGAUGUUUUGGAUAAUACACUGCUAUGAAUACAAGCACAAUCAAAUAAAAAGAAAAUUGUUGAAAAUGCCAUGAAAGAACUUACUGCCGUUAGGCAUUGUAUGUUGGUCAAUGUUAAAAUCUAAGAGUCUUUGAAAUAUUGUGAUAAAAGUUUUUGCACGUGUAGGAAGCAACAAAUAGCUGCUUGGCCUUUGGGAGGCCGAGGCGCAAUGAACAGGGGUGUCUUAAACGUAUAUCUAUCUAUGUGAACGCUGCUGUUGACUCCAGUUGUAGUGGUUGACGCAAUCACUGGAACCAGAGUGUAAUAUUGUGUACAAAAUUAGCAGCAGACUGAUAUAGGCAGUAUUCAACUGGCCUAUUACCGAAUACAUCUUAAUAAGCACUGGGCAUAAGGAUAGUACAUGUAUCUGAUCAGGUAGACAUGCUGCUCAUAGCAGAUUUGCAGGUAUAGGGAGAUGAAUUCUGCAUCUAUUAACUGCUGGUAUUAUCCAUAUCUUCUCCUCACAUAUUUUGGUGAUGGUGCUGUCAAUUCUCAACCGAUCCUCUUUAUGGCAUCCACAACAAAAUAUCCGCGUAUCUUCGUAAAAACAAUGAUGCAAUCGGGAAAUUGUCUAUAUCGUAUCGAUCAAUGUACUCACAAACAAUAUGAAUAUGACAGUGUGGUGAACUUUUAUAUUUUCUAUCAUAGACCAAAUGGUUGUCACCAACAACAGUUACUAGAUCUUGACCUGCUUGUUUUCGCCCCACAGUUAAGAUCUGUAAUGUGAUGGCACAGCUAUUGAUCUUGAAACAACGUAAUAAGUUGGUGUAAGCAUUUGAUUUUCUUUUAUGUAAUCAUAUUACAGGACCAGGCCUAUGUCUCUAAUGAAUGUGGCUGUGGCCUCUUUGUUCCUCCAGUGAUCCACAAAGCUUUGUCUCCAUUGAGGUGCUAUUUGGCCAUGUGGCAUAAUAAAUGGGUAAGAUGGCCAAUUUGGUAAAAUGAGAAAUUUAUGAAGGGAAGGUGGGGCAGAUACUCCCCCCUCCCCCCAAAAAAAACCCAUGCAGCUGAAGAAGAUUGCAGUUUUACAGAAAAAUAAGACUUCCUUGGCUCGUUCGAUCGGAGACACCAAAAAUUUGAUCACUUUGUUACUUCACAUUUUCCAUUUAUAAUCGUUGUUUGUUUUGAACUUCUGUGGGCAGUUUUCUUUGAUAUUUGAGCUCGUAUCAUCUAUUUGUCCUUCCAACUAAUCUAUAGAAUAACCCACGAAAUGUGACUAUAUUAUUCAUAUUGUCUCAUGACAGCAUAUAUUGUCUCGCCAUUUUGAAUUGAUAGCCAAUUGCCAAAAUGUCUCUACGUCAAUAAAUGAGAAAAAAAAUCGAUUAUUAUGAUUGUCGGAGAUGGUUUCUCCCAAAGGUGUUGUUUAGUUGUAUGUAGUAUUUGAAUAUGUUCAACUAGUAAUCUAAAAUUCAGUUUUAAAUGUCCGAACUAACAAAUCUGACUCUCAAUAUUGAAUUUAUGAAAAACUUGAGAAAGUGCACAAUUGGUAGACAAAAACAGUUGGUCUCAAUUUGCCAAGCUCGGAGCAACACGCGCUUGCUUUCGCUGUGAUGGGUCACAAAUACUGCUUUGUUUCUAAGAAAUGAGCUGCUCUUUCUUCAGGCAUCCCAAGAAGAUGUUUGGUUCUGUUGUAUCCAUCUGAACUUCAGCGCAAACAAGGUGUUUUUGAAAAAUUGGUCGGCCGGACAAGUCUCAAGCGUAUUCUAUGUUCAUUGGGUUUUUAUCAACUUGAAAUUUAUUCAAUUUUGAACAAUUACCAGUCAUUUUUCAAUAGAAUGACAGAAAUAUAUAGCCACACUUGUGUUUGAAUAAUACCAUUUACUAUGCCGUAUACUAUUGAUGUGUUGUAUAAUAAAUCCGUUGUUCCCAUCUUUCCACUGAUGCAUGAAAUUAAGCGGCUGGUGCAUGAGGCCUGUGUCCCCCUUUUUCAGCUAAAGCGAUGAUUUUUUCUGAGCACCUCUCCACAAGAACCAAAUAACUAUGUCUUAUGUGAUCCUUCAAAAUGUCAAAAUGUCCGAAAUACAAACUUGCCUGCUGUUCAAGAAGCUAUCAACUUCUUAUAAUGCUUGUUCAUUGCAUUCUAUUUUGUCAGUUGAAAGAAAUGCAUUGAAGAGAUUUUCAUUAUUUUUCAGAAUGAUGCCAUGUACUACAACAAUAAAAAAUAUUCUUCCAGCGUGUUGUUACUUCACCUAUAUUUCCCAAUUUCAAAUAAUUUUGCUUGUUUUCCUUGUUUAUUUACACUCCAAAUGCAGUGUAGAAUGUCCUGUCACCCUAAGGACAACCAGGAUGACGAAAUGGACUGCUUAGGAGUCUAUGAUUAUUUUUUGACUAACCCUGCACUUUGAGUAUUGACGUGAUAGACAAGCUGUUCUUUUUGGUAUUAAUUUGGGCAGGUAAGAUUUCCUUCCUGAACAGUUCUGAAGACAGUGAGCGUCGAUUUAUAAGUUCUCUGUUCAAGUCAGUUGGGUAUAAAAGGCAUGACUGGUUCGGACGACUGAUGGGUGACCAAUAAGCGCAAUAAGGGAACUUAUUAAUGCAAUAUCUGCUAUGCCCGAUCUUUUAGGGCAUUUUAGUUUAGAAUCAUGGCCACGAUACAAUGUUUCAUGUUCGAUAGUUGGAGGCGGAUUAAUAAAAUGUGGGUUUUAAAUGGGCUGUAUUCCUCUGUUGUGUGGAAUCAAAAAUUACAUAUGAUAAGGUAAAGGGGUACACUUAUAUAGCCCCUAAUGUGUUGAAAAGUGCUGGUGGUACACAUCAAUGCACACUGAGGCUAUGAUUGUAUAGGGGCCAUAAUUGUACGAACACCUUACCCUACACCUACCAAAUAGGCAAUGUCAAAAGGUUGGGGCAUGUCGUGUUUAGAGGCUGCACCAUAGCUUUUGACGAGAGGAUAUUUGUAGCAUCGAAACCACAGUGAACAAGCAUACAUUGUCAUGGUAAUAAUUAUAAUGAAGCAUUCAUGUAGAUGUUCUGUCCAAAGUUGGGUCAUUUUUCCAACUUUGGCGACCAACAAAAAUGUUUAAACUCUUAUUGUUGAUAAUGACAUUGGUGUUAUUUGUGUUUAUGAUUUUUAUGAAUUAAAUCGGGAUGUAUUUAUAUUAUACUCUUUUGAUGAAGAGAAUCUGUUUAUAGUUUAAAACUGUUUUUGAAGGUUUGACCACUUCUGCUUGGCGAUAGAAAACACAUCAAUUCAUCAGUGGACUCAAAUCAUGAUAUCAGAAAAUAAGUAGAAAUUGGCCCCGUAAAGCAGACCAGGUUUUGAAAAUAAUCGAGAAUAAUUUAAUUCUUGAUAAACUCAUACACCUGUGUGUGUGGUAUAGCCUGGUUAUUUCUGGGAUGUUCAUCACAAUAUACCUUUGGGAGAUCCAAACUAUCAUAAGCAUUAAAAGUCUUUUUUCAUAAUGACAUCCCCUUCAGAAGUGGUCGUCCUUGUUCACCCUGAGCUCUGACUCGUCGAAAUCAAGGGGUUUGACAUCAGCUAAAUAAUAUAUGUACGGAAGUUCAAAACUGUAAUUUUAUGUAUCAGUCUCAAUUAAAGUGACGAUGUACAUGUAAAAUGUGAGAAAAUAAGAAAUGCAUUGAAAUGCUUGAUUUUAUUA